UCGUGGAUGGUCGUGGAUCAUCGUGAACGUUGUGUCAGGGCCGUGCUUUUCAGCCAUGCCUUGCCUAACUGUAAAAAAGGAUACGUUUAAAUGAUUCGUUUAAAUAUUAGCCCUUGAAAAAGCCUAGAACGAAACGUUGCAAUGUAACAUCUCGCAGACGAGAUUAAACAUGAAUCUCAUUUGCUUUAAUGAAAUGGAGUUGGGGUGUCUAUGUAAAAGUAAAUUAUUAUUCGAUCAAAUAUGUCGGUCGUAUUAAAAAAAUUCAAUGGUGAAUAGAUGUGGCAAAAAAGUAACAUUUUCGACACGCACAAAUUUUUUACAAUGUCACUUGACAUUCUACAAGAAAAAAAUGCAUAUACAAUAAACGGCAAGGGCAAUAUGUCGGUAGUGUCACAGCCUACUACUAGAGGUGGGCUUAGAGUUUACAAGAUAGUUGUCUUGGGUGAUGGUGGUGUUGGAAAAUCAGCUGUAACUCUGCAAUUCGUAAGUCAUAGUUUCCUCGAAUGUCACGAUCCAACAAUAGAGGAUUCAUACCAACAACAGGCUGUAAUAGAUGGAGAAGCAGCACUUUUAGAUAUUUUAGAUACUGCUGGACAGGUAGAAUUUACGGCAAUGCGUGAUCAGUAUAUGAGGUGUGGCGAAGGAUUCAUGAUAUGUUAUUCUGUAACAGAUAGACAUAGUUUUCAAGAAGCUUUAGAAUAUCGUAAAUCAAUAUCACGUGUACGGCCUAACGAGCAUAUUCCACUUGUAUUGGUUGGUAAUAAAUUUGAUUUACAGCAUCAGCGAGAGGUAUCAACAGAAGAAGGUAAAGCGCUCGCAGAACAAUUAGGCUGUCCAUUUUAUGAAACAUCUGCUGCACUCCGACAAUUUAUAGAUGAUGCUUUUUAUUCAUUAGUACGACAGAUACGUGCAAAAGAAAGAUCGCGUAAUUCAGUUCGCAAACAUAGUCGUUGGUGGCGUCUUCGUUCAAUUUUUGCUUUUAUAUACAGAAGAAAACGAAGACAUCAUCAUCACCAUCAUUACUCUCCAUAAUAAUAACCAAUUUCAAAGGAAUUUAUUAGAUACUCUACAUUAGUGAGAGAUAUAGAAAGAGAAGCAACUACUUUUGGGCUAAAAUACAACGAAGAAAGAUUUUAAUGAUUUUUAUAUUUUUAGAGUACUUUCCUAGGGAUUAAUAAUUUACUAACAUCACACUGCCUUAUCAUCAAAUCUACAUCAUAGGUAAUUUUGAAAUGAGAAAGUGGAUCAUAUAUUGAGGUGGCAUGCCUAUAUACUAGAUUUGUGUUACAUUGGUCCAAACCGUUGUAGCAUGCCCCCAUAGAACAAUGUUGAACAUAGAAUUUAAUAAAAGAUUCACUUUCGCUAUAAGUAAAAAGUAUCAGGUAUUACAGCAAUACAUUCUACAUGACAUUAUUCUGUACAUGUAGCACAUUGUUCUUAAAUAUUACUCAUCUCGAAGGCUGUUGAUAAAUAUAUAAGCUCUUAUUAUUUAUAAGAGCUGGUUAUAUAAAAAAACAAGGAAGUAAAUACCUAAUAUGCAUUUCCAGAAGGGCAUAUUUUUUAUUUAUUUAUUUUUUUUUCCUUCGAUAAAAAAAUACUGCAAAUGAAAAAGAUUUAAUAAUUACACUUAACAUGUUUAUCUAACCAAAGAAAUAAAUAUUAUUGAUAUAUUGCAGAAUCCAUAAAUGGGAAACCUAAAAUUUUAUAGCAUAUAAAUACAUAAAUAUGAAACGUUAAAUGAAAAUUUUAUAAAAUAAAUAUUUAAUAUAUUGUUUGAUUUUUAUGAAAAAUGUAAAAAUUCUAUUUAUCUUCCUUUAAAUGAAGGCCUAUAUGAGAAGGCAACAAAUAUUGAGAAUAAUUUUUUAUACUAAAUUUAAUACAAAUUAUACUAGGUAUUAUAUAACGAUCAGAAUUGUGUAUAAAAUUAACAUUUAAAAAAUUAUAAUUUAGAUAUAAAAGUCGCACAAAAAAGUACGGACUUUGGGAAGGGGCAGUCUUCAAUCAGAACACAUAUUUACAUUAGUAUAUGUAACAUUUAGUAAUCCAAAGACCCAUAUGUAAAUAUGUAACAGUUGUAGACUAUCCCUUAAUUUACUAGUUGGCUUGUGGUAUAUAUGAACAUUUAAAAGAAAUGUCUUUAACGUUAAAGACAUUUCUAUCAUAAGUUACCACAUAAGAAAAAAAAAAAAAAAUGAAUU